CACAAAACCAUUUCAGAUCCAAUCUCUCUCUCUCUCUCCUUCUCCUUCUCCCCGGCAAAAUCUCCGAUCACCGACAAAAAAGAAUGGGUGCUGAGGCAAACGCGUCCUUCAACUUCCUAAUCUACGGUCGAACCGGAUGGAUCGGCGGACUUCUUGGCAAACUCUGCGAAGCUCAGGGAAUCUCCUACACUUACGGAUCCGGUCGGCUUCAAGAUCGCCAAUCCAUCGUCGACGACAUCGAAACCGUGAAGCCUAGCCACGUCUUCAACGCCGCCGGAGUCACCGGGCGUCCCAACGUCGACUGGUGCGAGUCCCACAAGGUCGAGACCAUCCGUACGAAUGUCGCCGGGACCUUGACUCUCGCCGACAUUUGCAGAGAGAAAGGACUCGUUCUGAUCAAUUACGCCACCGGCUGCAUAUUCGAGUACGAUUCGGGUCAUCCUCUCGGGUCGGGUGUCGGAUUCAAGGAGGAGGAUACUCCUAACUUCACUGGGUCUUUCUACUCUAAGACCAAAGCUAUGGUGGAGGAGCUGCUCAAGAACUAUGAAAACGUAUGCACGCUCAGAGUGCGGAUGCCUAUCUCUUCGGAUCUAUCAAACCCUAGAAACUUCAUCACCAAGAUUGCUCGAUAUGAGAAAGUCGUUGACAUCCCAAACUCCAUGACCAUCCUCGACGAGCUCCUACCCAUUUCGAUCGAGAUGGCAAAGAGGAACUUAACCGGGAUCUACAACUUCACAAACCCGGGUGUUGUGAGCCACAACGAGAUUUUGGAGAUGUACAGAGAGUACAUUGACCCGAGCUUCACUUGGAAGAACUUCACAUUGGAGGAACAAGCUAAAGUGAUUGUGGCUCCAAGGAGUAACAACGAGCUUGAUGCCACUAAGUUGAAGACUGAGUUCCCUGAGAUGUUGUCUAUCAAAGAAUCUCUCAUCAAGUUUGUGUUUGAGCCGAACAAGAAGACUGGAGUUAAAGCUUAAGAUGCUGCCGAAGGUGUUCUUUGUUAAGGUAACGGUUCUUAAACACUAAAAACAAUUAUCAAACCAAAAGAAAGUUGUUGUGUGUUUUGUUUUUGUAUUUUCUUGUUUUAUUAUCCCAAUGUUGUUGUAUUGUUUGUUUAAAUGAACCUUUUGUUACAAAUAAAAAUGUAUCAUUUGAAUUUUCCUUUAA